AUGGCACCGCCUGUCGAGCUCUUCCACGCAAACCCCUCCUUGCCUUACCAAGCUCAGGUUAGUCUCAAGGGCAAUAAGCGCAAGGAUUUCGACGGCGAUCUGAAGAAAUGCGAGUUACUCGAGAUGCUGCAGUAUGAUUGCGAGGUUGACCAGCCGGAUAAGAGGAAUAGUCCGGUCAGGUGUUGGCCGCUAGAGAGGUUUUUUCGCCGGUGCCGAGAUCGCGAGGGGACAUUUAUGGUAGAAACGACUUCUUGGGAAGGGGAGAAGGAGAAGAAGUCUGCGAGGUUAAAGGGGAGGAGCACGGAGUGA